AUGUCUGAUCAUUACCAGGACUACAAUGCAGUGGGGGACCAUGUUGCUGCUGACGGGUCCCAUCAUGAGGUCGGCUCAGGAGGGUCUGCCAUAGACAAUGCUGCCCAUGGCCAGGAGGGUGUCAUCCGGCUUCCAUCUGCAUUACAACAUGGAGGUGACGGGGCCACAGUGCUAGAGGAGGAUCUAGCCAAUGGAGAAGCACUAAAAGAACAGGGUCACACAGAGAUCCCUGAGGCUACCACUGCAGAAGAAGCUGGUGUUGGAGAGACCCCCAGCCAAGAAGACCAGGCUGCAGGGGAUGCAGAAAAAGAAAUUAAACCCUCAGCAGCCACAGGGGAGACCGAGGCACAGGAGCUGGCACAGGAGCUGGCACAGGAGCUUUCUGGCAGCACUCCAGAAACCGAAACGCAACAGGAAGUGGCGGACAUUUCUGAAACGUCCGAUUGGCCACAGAAGGAAACACACCCAGAAGAUUUCUGCGUUGUUACUGGGGACACAUAUGAAGAUAUCAAUUCAGGGUGGACUGCCAUAAGUAGUGAAGUUGCAGAACCUUUAGAAAGACAAGAAAAACUACAUGACUUAUCCAGGGGAACUAAUGGUAAAGAGUAUGAUCAAGAUGAUUAUGAAGGCAACCACAUCUCAUGGGAGGAGCGCAGUGAGGAAGGUGGAGAAGUGGAGCAGGACAUUGUAUCUUCUCAAGACAUUGGGGAAGAGUCACCUCUGCCUCUAGAGCCGCAGACAAAUGGUCUUGUGGUUGAAAGCUUUACGGCAGUUGAUGCCAACAAGCUGCUUGAUGGUCCUGUUUUCACUGAGUUGAAUCAUAAACAAGAGGAUGGAGCAGAGAAGCCAUAUGUUGACUUAGCAGCUGGUACUUUCUCUGCAGAAGACCAGUUGAUGCUCCCUCGCCCACGGCCCUCUGUGUCUGUUUACCAAGUCGAGGUUGAUGCCAACAGAACCAUAGAUGGUGAGAACAAAACAGAACCAUGUGAAGCUGCAGGCACACCUAGUGAAGAAAUUGAAGGACAGCCUUCUCCAGUUAGCAGUGAGACUGUGGUGGCCCCCAGAAAAAGAAUCUCUCUACAUGGGUCUGGAAUACCUGUCAGCCGUGUUCCUGUUCUCAGAGCUCACGAUCAAGAAAAACAUGAAAGCGAUUCCCAGGAAAAAGCAGGACAGACAUCCUCAACUCCAUCCCUUGCCAAACACUCUGCAGCCCGAAGUUCCACCAUCCCCAAACGAUCCCCUUCCGCUAGCACAGCCACCCAGAAAAAACCUUCCAGCCCCACAGUCCCUCCCACGAGGAGCCUUACCCAGAGGGCAUCCCCAGCCUCAUACCGCCCACUGAGCACCCCUUCACGGGCAAAGGAUGGAGUUGAGAGUGCAGGGGGGAAGCCGGUACUCAAAGGACCCACCAACACAUCCAGAAUCCCUUCAAAGACACCCACAGCGGUCCCAAAGACCCCCCUGGCGGUAUGGGAAGAGAUCAGAGAAAGGUGCCAUCCAAUGUGGGAAAAGCUGACUCGUCUGGCGACAGAAGCGGAUACAGCAGCCCCGGAUCUCCUAGCACUCCCACAGGUCGUUCCCGCACAUCUUCAUCACAGCUGCCAUCCAGCCGGGAACCCAAAAAGGUUGCCAUUGUGCGUACUCCACCUAAGUCUCCUGCUUCUGCCAAGAGUCGUCUGCAGCCGGUCCCCAGCACAGUGCCAAUACCAGACCUGAAGAACAUUAGAUCCAAGAUUGGCUCCAUUGAUAACAUCCGGCACACGCCAGGAGGAGGCAAGGUGCAGAUUGUCCACAAGAAAGUUGAUGUCAGUACUAUUCAGUCCAAGUGCGGAUCCAAGGACAACCUGAAGCAUGUCCCUGGGGGAGGAGCAGUGCAGAUCACGCACAAACCAGUUGAUCUCAAACAUGUUACCUCCAAGUGUGGCUCUAUGGGAAAUAUCCAUCACAAGCCAGGUGGAGGCAACAUCGAGGUGAAAUCAGAGAAGCUGGAUUUUAAGGAGAGGAUCCAGUCUAAGAUUGGCUCCCUGGACAAUAUUACUCAUACACCUGGGGAGGGAACAAAAAGAUUGAGUCCCACAAACUAUCUUUCCGGGAGAACGCAAAAGCCAAGACGGACCACGGAGCAGAGAUCGUGUACAAGUCUCCCAACCCAUCCGGGGAAACCUCCCCCCGCCGUCUCAGCAACGUCUCCUCUUCUGGCAGCAUAAACAUGUCCGACUCCCCGCAACUGUCCACACUGGCCGACCAAGUCUCCGCCUCCCUUGCCAAACAAGGCUUGUGA